CGGGAGGGGAGAGAAGGGAGUGAGCGAGCGAGUGAGCAGGCGGCAGGCACCAUCCUUGCGAGGAGCAGGCGAGCGGGAAGACGCAGCCCACCUUCCUCACCCAGCCAGCCGGGAGCGGUUUUGUUUCCUUUCUCGGGAGUGCGCCAAUGCCUGGUCCGACCCAAACCCUGUCACCAAAUGGCGAGAACAACAACGACAUCAUCCAGGAUAACGGGACCAUCAUUCCUUUCCGGAAGCACACAGUGCGCGGGGAGCGUUCCUACAGCUGGGGAAUGGCUGUCAAUGUGUAUUCUACCUCGAUAACCCAAGAGACUAUGAGCAGACAUGACAUCAUUGCAUGGGUUAACGACAUAGUAUCUUUAAACUACACAAAAGUGGAACAGCUUUGUUCAGGAGCAGCCUAUUGCCAGUUCAUGGACAUGCUUUUUCCAGGCUGCAUUAGUUUGAAGAAAGUAAAGUUUCAAGCCAAGUUGGAGCAUGAGUAUAUUCACAAUUUUAAACUUCUGCAGGCAUCGUUUAAGCGAAUGAAUGUCGAUAAGGUAAUUCCAGUGGAGAAGCUAGUGAAAGGACGUUUCCAAGACAACCUGGAUUUUAUUCAGUGGUUUAAGAAAUUCUAUGAUGCCAACUACGAUGGGAAGGAGUAUGAUCCCGUAGAGGCACGACAAGGGCAAGAUGCAAUUCCUCCCCCUGACCCUGGCGAACAGAUCUUCAACCUGCCAAAAAAGUCUCACCAUGCAAAUUCCCCCACAGCAGGUGCGGCUAAAUCAAGUCCAGCAUCUAAACCAGGAUCCACACCUUCUCGUCCCUCUUCAGCCAAAAGGGCUUCGUCUAGCAGCUCAGCAUCCAAAUCUGAUAAAGAUCUAGAAACACAAGUCAUACAGCUUAAUGAACAGGUACAUUCAUUAAAACUGGCCCUUGAAGGUGUGGAAAAGGAAAGGGAUUUCUACUUCGGAAAGUUGAGAGAGAUUGAGCUGCUCUGCCAAGAGCACGGGCAGGAAAAUGACGACCUUGUGCAGCGACUAAUGGAAGUUCUCUAUGCUUCAGAAGAACACAGAUUCCAGAAACCAUCCUGGACAUCUUAAAGCCUCCAAGCAUUUGCCUUCUUCCCUGAGAAUAAUGAAUCUUGUUUCUAUGGCCACCUCCCAAAAGCAUAACCAGGUUUACCAUUGGGGGGAAAAAAUCAAAGUUGCUGUUGAGUCAGUCUAACUCAUGGCAACCCCAAGUGUGUCAGAGUAGAACUGCGCUCCAUAGGAUUUUCAUGGCUAUGACUUUUCAGAAGCAGAUUGCUAGGCCUUUCUUCCAAGGUGCCAAGGUUCAAACUGCCAGCCUUUCGGUCAGUAGUCAAGCAUUUAACUAUUUGCGCCACCGUCGGGGAGUGAACCUUCAAAGAGCUUCUCCCCUUGCCCACUUUGACCUGUAUCUCGUGGCCUGAGAAGUCAUGACUUUUGAAAAAAACUGCUCAGUGGUUGCUCUGCCACUGCACCCACCCCACCCCCUCCACUGUGAAGCUUGUUCCUGACACUGGAUCCAGUUUUCAGGCCAUCCCCUCACUUCAGUGGUAAGUGUAUGUGUGGUGUAUGUGGUGUCUGGGAAGAAAUGCCAAUACUGUGUUUGGGAUGCCAUUGAAAUGACUGUGUACACAGAUCUGAGAGAACAGGGAUUUCUGAGAGAACAGGGCCCUUGUGGAGAUCGGAACGUUGCGAACGUAAUGCAGGCACAAGAGCUGAAGAAUUCAGGCUGAAUUACAGGGCAUGCUCUUCACUUACACGGAUGAAUGUAUCAACACUGCAUUUACAUUUCAGGCGGAGGUGUUUGCUGGAGGGGAUUUCUUCCCCUAACCCUUUCUUCGGUGAUGGCUGAUCUCUGAAUUUUAUCAUCAAACAACCCUAGAAUAUCAUAAGUUUGGAAGAUGUAGAAAUCCAGAAAGGAAUUUUGAGUAGUGGAAUUAAACAGGCAGUUCAACUUCCAGUUGUAGAAACAUAAUGGAAGUUUCUAGAGCAAAUCACCAACCAGCAGUCCAGUACCUCGUUUAUCAUUUGCAUUAUCUUUUCCUUUAAUAUGUUACUUGGGGACCACAGGUGUCUGGACUUAGUCACUGGGCAACAGUAGUUCCCUUGUUGGUCCUGUCAGCUGAGGAGCACCUGAUGGUCAACAGUUGCCCAUUUCCUAAGGGUCUGUCUUGGAAACACUGUUAAAAUGACCUAAGGAUUGUGUUUCUCCCUUAGCCAGUGCUUAUUAGAUAUAGCCUGUGUUUCUGUUGCUGGGAAUAUAGAAAGAGGAGACAAGCCCUGCCCUUGGAAGAGUUCACAGUCCUAGGGAGGAGAUGGCUUAUAAUAAACGAGGUAAUAGAGACAUAUAUCAGUUUGUGUGAAUAUAGCCUGGGGGACAAGCAAAGACUUCAGAGAAGAUGACAUUUGCGUUGGGUGUUGAAAGAUGACUAGGAAUGUCGACAGGUAUAGAGCUAAGACAGGGAGGGUACUUCCAGGUAGGGGAAACAGCUUGAAGUAAGCCGAAAGGAAAGUGUGGGGCAGCUCAGAGGACGGCAGCCAGGUGGCAGUGGUGGGAGAUGAGGCUAUUGAGUGCCAUCUCCUAAGUUUAGGAAGUAGGGGGCCUCGCAGCUUCUUCAGGGCCCCCUCUCUUUUUGCCUCCUUUGCCUCCCACGGUAGCAAUAGCCUUCUUCAAUAUUGUUUUCUGACUUGCCUCUCUUUCUAGUGAUUAUAAUAAGAAACUAUGACACAGUCACUCUCAACUAACAUCUAGAGGGAUGUGAUGGAGUGAUAUACAAAUAUUUGAAUUUACCAAAUAGGUGGCACCCCAGUGCCUUAGCACCAUAUUUGGCAUAGAUUUUGCCUGGCCUCCUACUUACAUGUGCAUUUACAUUCUUUGUUCUUGUACGGGGCGUAAGAAAAGAUCAUUUUUGUCUGGGAGCCUACAAUAGCAUUGUGUGGGCUGAGAGCUCUCAGUUGUGAUAUGUAGCAUAGUCUCCUCCAAAUUACACAUGCGUGCUUCAAGAUUUGCAGACUGCCUUCACUUGCACCCCAAACAGGAGCAAUCCUUUAGUAACUUGGGUAGUUGGCUUGUUAUUCUAGUGUUGCCCCAAGCAGCGUGGCCUGGGAGCCACAACUCCUGUAGGUGUAUUAUAUCAUGGGUGGUGUCCAGUGAAUGGGACUUCAGCCUAGUGUGUGUGGGGAUCUGCCCUCGGCCAGCUAGAGAGCACAGAGCCAUGGACAAGGACACUGAACCCACUUCCUUGCUCAACAAGUAUGCAAGGGGGUCUGAGGAGGGGCUGAGUGUAGUACGUGCCUGGUCUCACAGCUUGCUGGAGGCUCAAUGGUUCUUUCUGACUUCCAGUCCUGGGUUAACUCCAUUAACCCACAGUUAACUCCCAGCUGUGACGGGAACACAGGAGAUUCCCCAUAAAAUGUAAAGUAGAUCCUCAUUUCUGAGAUCUUCCCAUCAGCAGCCUAACACACAAUUGCACAGAAACAAUUAUGCAAGAAAAGCAUGCUUCAGACCAGCUGAAAUAUGAGUUGUACAAUGUGGGAGACACCACACUAGCGUCA